AUGUCCUCAUUUGAAAGUACUGAACUUACAAAUGUACAAUUUUCAACUUCUCUUAAAAAACUUGGUGAUGGUGCUUUUAAGAAUACAAGACUCACUGAAUUGACACUACCUAAUAUCGAAAUUUCUGAAUUUGGAGAAGGUGUUUUUGUUGGUAUCACAACUCUUAAAAGGGCCACAUUAGGAGGCACGACCAAAAUACCAAAAGACACAUUUAAAGGAUGUAUUUUUUUAAAUGAAGUGGAUGGAUUUGAAAAGGUAACUUAUUAUGGAGAUAACUGUUUUGACGGAGCAAUUAUUCCAAAAAUUACAUUUGCUGAAAAAGUAGAUAAACUUGGUUCAAAUGCGUUUGUUGGAAAUUCAAUAGCUCAAAUUCGAUUACCACAAAAUCCAAUUAAAGAUUUUGGAGAAAAUGUAUUUGAAAACUGCCUCAAUUUGUUUGCAAUUGAUUUUGGAGGAAAUACCGUCAUACCACCAGGAACUUUAAAAAGGUGUAAUGCUUUGACGUUGGUGUCGGGGACCGAAAAUGUCAAAAUGAUUGGGAAAGACGCUUUUAAACAAACUGAUCAAUUACAAUCAAUCAAUUUAUAUGGAAAUUUGGAGACUUUAUUAGACCCAUUGGAAUCACAAAGUAACUUGUUUUUCCAUGGAUAUGAGGUUCCAAAAACACUCACAAGUGAACCAUUAUUAAAGGCAGAUUUAAGAAUUUUUGUGACUGAAAAUUUCAAAGCAGAUAAAUUUGGAGAUAAUGUUGUGAUGAAAUUGAACUGCUCAAUAACACAAUUUAUUGAUGUCUCAGAACCAAACCCAAUGUGUAAAAACUGUGAAGAAAUGAAAGCGACGUUGGAUGGAGAUAAUUACUAUUGCGACUUGGAUAUGACUGAAUGUCUCUCAACUCAUCAAAAGUGUCAAAUUUGUAUCGAAGGAAAGUGUCAAAAAUGCGAAGAAAAGUUGUUAGUUGACACAGUUAAAGAUGUUUGUGUUUCUGAAUGUCCUAAUGGGUAUUACGAUGGAACUGUUAUUUGUGAGAAAUGCAAAGAACACUAUGAAAAACCAUGUAAAGACGAAGAAUGUGAAAAGUGUACAGGCGGUGUUGGAGGCAUAGUUAUUGCAGCACUUGUUGCAAUUUUAUUAUUUAUGUUCUAA